CACGGCCGCAGCAGCUCAGCUGCCCAGUAGCUCCGCACGAACAGCUCCAUUUUCGCUAUUCUGAUCGGCAAGACAUGCUACGCAGAGGCCUCCAUCCCUCCACCAGAAAGAAAGCUUAGGGUUAGUUAGGGAUGAGGACAACCUUGAGCCCCCAGGCCAAAACGGGUUCAUCGCAAGGUCCUUUGUCUCGGCUAACCCGCGGAAAUCACGGAAGGAUCAAAGUCCGGGUGCGCGUCUCCAGGAUCUGGGUGGCCUUCAAUCCAAAUACUGGCACGGAGUUCGGUCUCGACUGCCUCCUGAUCGAUGAGGAGGGUGUAACUAUGCAAGCUCGUGCAUUCGACAGCGGACAUGAAGCGGCUCAAAGACCAGCUAGUUGAAGGGAAGGUGUACGCCUUAUCAGAUUUUAAAGUAGUCCCAAGGCAGCAGGACUACAUGGCCUGUAGGAAUAGCUUGAUGAUUCACAUGAGGCAACAGUGGUAGAUGAGAUAGAUGACAGCACAUGUUCUUCGAUACCUCCCCAUAGCUUUGAGUUUGUUGAUUUCGAAGAUGUUCCUGCGAGGAAUGGCAACAAACGCUUCUUUACAGAUAGUAUCCAUUGAAGGCGUGGGGGAGGCUUGGAAGUGGAAAAUUUGGCGUAACAUACCUUUCCAUAACAUAUGUUUACACGAUUUAAGGGGAAGGAAAUUGAAUGUUGCGCUGUUCGGAGAUCUUGGUCGAAAUUUCGAUGCAGAGCUGGUUUCCAUGCAAGGCAGAAAAGCCCCAAUUUUUGCUGUUUUUGCAGGGAUGCUCGUUCGAUGGUACAAGGGCAAAGGAUUUACAGUUUGCUCAACAUCAACUUCAAAGUACUACUUGGAUUUGGAUAUACCACAGGUGCAAGAGUUCCGUGCAAGUUUGACAGAUCCACAUAAACCGAUCCAUCUCCUCCCGUGUCAGCCGAGCACCACAUUUUUGCGCAGGGCCACCUUGAAAGGCAUAGACUGCACCAAAGGUUGGUUUUAUUGGUCAUGCUUUCACUGCAAAUGGUCGAUCCGUGGGGAUGGAAUCAAUUCCUUGUGCAUCCAAGGUUGCCCGAAAAUUCCACCGCCUGUUCCACGGUACAAGCUGAAUGCAGUGAUGGAAGACACGACAGGUGCUAUGGACGUCAUGAUUUUUGAUGACCAAGCACAAGAGCUUAUUGGUGCUGCAGCGGAGGAGCUCGUUCGAGAGGUUACAGGCGAAGACAUUUCAGCUGUUCUUUGUUCCCACCAGAGCCACGCCUUCGUACUUGCUGCUGACAAUGGGUGCUUUGUGGUGAAGCACAUCCUGAACGACGAUGGGCUGCAGCUCAUUGGUUCAGCUCAGGUGGCAGCAGGAGGUGGCCCUCUCCUGUCAGAGGAAGAGGGCUCUUCUAUAUCCUACGAGUCCAGUCCUGUAAAAAUUGUAAAGGAGAAGAUGGUGGAUGAAGAAGAGAGUGAAGCAGGAGGUGGUUGUGAAUUGCCACAGGGCGGGAACUCUCCUGCAUCCUGCAUUUCCAGUUCACCAGUGAAAAAGGAGAAAAUGACGAUUAAAGAAAAAGAAGAGAGGGAACCAAAAAGGCAGAAGAUCGCCAAACGCAAUGAAGCUUAGCAGACAGAUGCAGAAUGACCCCCUUUCUGCAGCCAUCAACAACAUAUCAUCUAGAAGAAUAAGACGUGUACAUGGUUAGUCAGAUCGUCGAAGUACAACGUAUCUGCCGCAGUUAUGGAAGUAUCCUUUGUGAAAUUAGAACUGUUCUACCCUGUACAUAUUCCUUGCAAUAGCCAUCGAGACCCUAAUGUAGCAGCAUCUCCUGCAAACAGCACUGCUAUAGUCUGUCAGAAACUGCAGAGCUGGAGCUGGAUCGAUCCUUUUGCCGCAUGGUUCAGUGUAAAUCUUGUUGCUAAUCGUGUGACGUCGUAGUAUCAAAGUCACGUUAUUAAUUAUGUAAUGCUAGUAGUCUGAACUAUGAUGCACCUUUCUUGGAGAUCAGGAUCUGAUACUGUGGUGCAUAUGUAUUCUUUUGAA